UGAAUGAAGAAGGAAAUGAAUAUGUUGUGUGUGAGAGAAGCUUCAGCUGUAAAGCAAACCUUAAUCUUCACAGGAGAACUCACAUAGAGGAGAAAUCACUUAAGGAUGGUGAAAAUAGAAACAUGGACAGUUACAGGAAAAACCUGAUUUCUCAUGAAAUAUCUCAAAAAGCAGAGAAACCAUUUAAGUGCUUGGAGUGUGAAAAGAGCUUCCCUGAGAAGAAGCAACUCACUUCUCAUCAAGCAAUUCACACAGGAAAGAAACCAUUUAAAUGCUUGGAGUGUGGAAAGGGCUUCAGGAAGAAGUCACACCUCACUGAUCAUCAAGCAGUUCACACAGGAGUAAAACCAUUUAAAUGCUUGGAAUGUGAAAAGAAAUUCAGUCGAAAGGCAUACCUCACCCGUCAUCAAAGAACCCAUACAGGGGAGAAACCUUUUAAAUGCUUGGAGUGUGGGAAAAGCUUCAGUCAGAAGAAAAGCCUCAUUUGUCAUCAAGCAACUCACACAAGGGAGAAACCAUUUAAGUGUUUGGAGUGUGAAAAGAGCUUCUCUGAGGAGAACCAACUCACUUCUCAUCAAGCAAUUCACACAAUAAAGAAACCAUUUAAAUGCUUGGAAUGUGGAAAGAGCUUCAGGAAGAAGUCAAACCUCACUUAUCAUCAAGCAGUUCACACAGGAGUAAAACCAUUUAAAUGCCUGGAAUGUGGAAAGAAAUUCAAUCGAAAGGCACACCUCACCAGUCAUCAAAAAACCCACACAGAGGAGAAACCUUUUAAAUGCUUGGUGUGUGGAAAGAGCUUUAGCCACAUGUCAAGCCUCAUUCGUCAUCAAGCAACUCACACAGAAGGGAAACCAUUUCCAUGUUUGGAGUGUGGGAAAAGCUUCAGACAGAAGGCAAGCCUCAUUCAUCAUCAAGCAGCUCACACAACAGAGAAAUCCAGAGAAACCUUAUAG